UGUUACAUUGAAUUGUUGAACACCAUAUAUGGAUCGAUUUGCAUUUACUUGAAGCUAAUGUUAGCUCUUUACAAUAUAUGUUAACCAUAAACAAACAAACAAAUGCGAAAACUAUAUUAAAACCAGUUAAACUGAAGCAAAAAUAUAUAUUUUUACUAAAUCCUUUGUGAAAUAAUUUCCUGAAUAGUUAAAAUUUUAUGUUUUUAAAUUGAUUCGUUUAAUUGGUAAUUUGUUAAUUAGUGACGACAGCACGAACAAAAUUGUGGUUUAUUUGUAGACGGAUUAUGUUAAUCGGCUUGCUUACAAAAGAAGCGGAGAGUAAUUGAUAAAUUAUGCCAUUGCAAAAUGUUGCAAUUAUUGUGUAGAUAUUAUAAAUUUUGUAAACCUUUCAAUAAUAUAUAUCCUAUUCGAAAUCGACGGUUAUAUCAUGUCAGUUGGCGAGGAAUAUCUGACUCCGCAUGGAAGACGUCAAAGAAUAAACAAUGCAAUCAAGUGGAACAGUGUAUCGAUAAACCGAUGAAAUGGCCGAGUGGCGAGAGAAGCGGAUUUGAUUUUCACAAUGAAACCGAAGCUGCAAUGAAUAACCAGAUUAAUGUUGAGUUGAAGGCGUUUUAUUAUUAUUUGUCCAUGGCUGUAUAUUUUGGUCGCAUGGACGUUGCUCUACCGGGAUGCGAGUCGUUCUUCAUGCAGAUGCAUCACGAGGAACAUGAGCAUGCCCUAAGAUUUUGCAACUACGUGAAAAUGCGCGGAGGCAAGGUGCAUCUAUGUGCCAUGUCGCCACCGAAUGAUCAGGAUUGGAAAUGUCCAUUAAAUGCGUUCAAGACGGCUCUAGAAUUGGAAAUAGAUGUCGGCAAAAAAUUGGUUGCAGUGAAUACUGUAGCAGUAAAACACGAUGAUUUGAACGCGAGCGACUUCAUCGUCACCGGCUUCAUGGAGAAUCAGAUGAAAAGUAUAAAUGAAAUGGGAAGAUUCGUAUCCGUGCUUUCCGGCAUUGGAGACCAAGCGUUGGCACGAUUCCUGUUUGAUAAGAAUUUACUCGAUAAUUACGUCACGUCCGACUUCAAUGUUCUAAAAAGCAAGUUUCAGCAAAGGAAGCUUACCAAGUAGCUCCACUACCCUUCAGUGAAAAGUGAUAAAUAAUUUGAUGUUGGUUCAAAUGAAAUCGUAGAUUGUGUAGUAAUUGAUCAAAAACAUUUUACUUUUGUAAAAUAUUUUUAUAAAAUCUCGAUAUAUAAUAAAGAAUUUGAUUGUAUUA